AUGUUGAAGUGCUCCUCCUCGAGAGUGUUGACCCAUGCUGUCGCAAAAAGACCCUCUGUCCACGGCGUAUUACCAUCAUUUGGCUCUAGAAGUCUAGCCACCGUUGUUACCGGGAUACAAAAAGAUCCUGCAGAGCUCGAUCAGAUAUCUACCCUCCCAAAUGGCCUCCGAGUUGCUACCGAAGCCUUGCCAGGGCAUUUCUCCGGGAUUGGCGUAUAUAUAGACGCCGGAUCAAGAUAUGAAAACGAAUACUUGAGGGGCGUGAGCCAUAUUAUGGACAGACUGGCGUUCAAAUCGACAAGCAAGAGGACAAGCGAUGAGAUGUUGGAGACUCUCGAGUCGUUAGGUGGCAAUAUACAAUGUGCUUCUUCUAGAGAGUCCCUGAUGUACCAAUCAGCAACCUUCAACUCAGAGGUUCCUACAACCGUUGCAUUGCUGGCAGAAACAAUACGCGAUGCUCAGAUAACGGAAGAAGAGGUUGCGCAGCAACUCGACACAGCCGCGUAUGAGAUUGGAGAGAUUUGGUCCAAGCCAGAAUUGAUUCUGCCAGAGCUGGUACAUAUGGCUGCAUAUAAGGAUAACACACUUGGAAACCCAUUAUUAUGCCCCAAAGAGAGGCUCUCGCAGAUUAGCAAGAGCACUAUCGAGUCCUACAGAGCCGCAUUUUACAGACCAGAAAGGAUGGUUGUCGCGUUUGCCGGAGUUCAGCAUUCCGAGGCCCUAAGACUGGCUGAACAGUAUUUCGGGGACAUGCCAAAGACAGAAGCUCCCCUUCUAUCACAGACGGGAUCAGAAACCUCACUAGGCUCAUCAGCGAGUUCGGGUGGUCAAAACCCAGUAUCGCCAUCCUCGAUACCUCGACAAUCCUCUAGUCUACUUUCCAAGAUACCUUUCCUCAAGAAUAUGUCUACUUCAGCACCCCACAACGCAUCAGUACAGUCAUACACUGAUUUCCCGCCAUCUUCCUCCGAUAUGUUACAACCAUCACACUACACCGGCGGCUUCCUCACUCUCCCAGCUCUCCCACCACCAAUAAACGCCUCCCAACUACCUCUCUCACACAUCCAUCUAGCCUUCGAAGCCCUCCCCAUCUCCUCAAACGACAUAUACGCCCUUGCCACAUUACAAACACUCCUCGGGGGUGGCGGUUCUUUCUCCGCCGGUGGACCAGGGAAAGGGAUGUAUUCCCGUCUCUACACCAACGUUUUGAACCAACACGGCUGGGUAGAAUCCUGUGUCGCCUUCAAUCACUCCUACACCGAUUCUGGACUUUUCGGCAUCUCAUCCAGUUGCUCACCUAGCAAGGUCACCAAUAUGCUUGAUGUCAUGUGUCGCGAACUACAAGCGCUAACUCUGGAUCACGGAUACGCUUCUCUGCAACCCGAAGAAGUCAGCAGAGCGAAGAACCAGUUACGGUCAAGUCUGUUGAUGAAUCUUGAAAGCAGAAUGGUUGAGCUCGAGGAUCUAGGCAGGCAGGUCCAGGUCCAUGGCCGCAAAGUGGGCGUGAGGGAGAUGUGCCGCAAGAUUGAAGAAUUGACUGUACACGAUCUCCGCCGCGUAGCAAAAAUUGUCGUUGGUGGCAUGACGAGCAAUCCUGGCAAUGGAAGCGGGGCGCCGACGGUGGUGCUGCAGGAGGGUGACGAGGAGGGAGUCAGGAGGAAGUCGCUCCAAUGGGCGGAGAUCCAGGAUCGGAUUGCAAGAUGGAAAUUGGGACGACGGUAA